AUGCGAUCCCCAAGGCUCGCGCGCCAAUACUCCAUCACCCACAGCCUUUUCCGACACGACUAUGAAAUCCUUUCAGAUGGCAAUCACAUGUUCCACGUGGACAACUCCCAAUUGACACCGGGAAAGCCAGACUUGACGUUCCAUGAGGGUCCGGACACAAAAGGCCCCAUUGCGGGAGUUUGCAAAUACCGACACUUUUCAUCCGAUGCCAUCAUUGGCCUCGGAGACCCCAGCCACCCCUACAUGAACUGGGAACAUUUCAGUCGCGAAAGUCUCCUUUCCUGCCGCUAUUCGUUUCGCGUGAGAUUGGGGGAUCGCAUGCACACCUUCACAUGGCGACGUACCGGUUCCAUGAAAGUCGAAACCUUGGAACUGGUGCAUGAGGCCACGCGUGAUCUCAUUGCGGAGUUCUCUUCAGGCACCACAUUUUCUAAAAAGGCGGGUCAAUUGGAUAUUUACAAAUGUUAUGGGGAUCAAUUUGCUCUGCUGGUACUCAUUACGGGGCUGGCGUUACGGGAAAAACUCAGACGGACCCGAGCCAAUUCGGCUGCGGGGGCCGGUGGUGGAGGUGCAUGA